UCGACGUGACGUAGUACGUAGCUUGUCCCUGUUGUGUUGACUGGGAAGCCCCUCGCUCCAAAUUGACAACGCCCGGUGGAACGACAGAAAUAGCUCACGAUCUUGAAUGAAUAGUGAGGACUGUAAAAGACAGCUAUGCAGACCAUCAAGUGUGUUGUAGUUGGAGAUGGUGCAGUCGGUAAAACCUGUCUGCUCAUCUCUUACACCACAAACAAGUUUCCCUCUGAGUACGUACCUACGGUGUUUGAUAACUAUGCUGUAACUGUAAUGAUUGGUGGUGAGCCCUACACUUUGGGUCUCUUUGAUACAGCAGGUCAGGAAGACUACGACAGGUUACGACCUCUGAGUUAUCCACAGACAGACGUCUUCCUAGUUUGUUUCUCAGUCGUGUCCCCCUCUUCCUUUGAAAAUGUUAAGGAAAAGUGGGUUCCAGAGAUCACCCACCACUGUCCAAAGACACCUUUCCUACUAGUUGGGACUCAGAUUGACCUUCGGGACGACCCAUCCACUAUAGAGAAACUGGCCAAGAACAAGCAGAAACCCAUCACUCCUGAGGCGGCUGAGAAGCUGGCACGAGAGCUUAAGGCUGUGAAGUAUGUGGAGUGUUCAGCUCUCACACAGAAAGGUCUAAAGAACGUCUUCGACGAGGCGAUCUUGGCUGCAUUGGAGCCCCCAGAGCCCAAGAAGAAACGCAAAUGCAUGUUGCUAUGAGAGGCUCCGCCCUUUUUCAAAGCACACACUUUUACACAUCUACACACAUAAAUCCACACAUUUCCCGACCCUUUUCAUCUACCCUUUCCCUUACUCUGCUAAGGGUGGUGAUGGCGUAGUCCCCCAUAGGGGGCAAUGAGACAGAAGACAGCCUACCAAGUUUCACACAAUUCUCUGCAAUAAGUAAGAAGCGUCAUUGCUUUGGGACAGAAUAAACGGGCAAGGUUGCACCUGCUCAGACAGGGAGCCACAUACCAGACUAACACACAGGUAGAAUUGAUAUUACAUCACAUCCACUUUAAUCUAGUCAUGGUUUAGGCCGGUUUUAACUUUCAGACGUCCGGGUCAGUUAGCUUACCCCAGCCAGUGUCAAGUGGUUCUGAUCCCUCUGCAGAUGAGCACACCGGUUGCCUGUUUUCCCAGCACUACCAGAAGAAAUGCUAACAGAGUAGUGUUUAGUUUUUGUUUGCCAGCAACCCUUUGCUUCUCAAACUCACGUCUGGGAUAUUUAUUCCACAUUCCACAAAGACUCGCUCUCAACCACUGAGGAAAAUGUCGAGGUCUGAACACACAAUUUCACAGCAACACAGCCCAACGCAGGGGAAAUGAUAAAUCCACCUUGUCGCGAAUUGUUUGAUGAAGACGUUCAUGACUUGAGGAGCUGAAGCAUCCAGUAGUGCUAGGUCAGGAAUCGGCCUUGUAAACGCAGGGAACUUAAACAGUGUUAGCAAAACAAGCCAGGUAUUGUUCAUGGAUUGUCAGGGACCAAGGGAGGCUAAAGGAGGACCCAGUUUGAGCUCAUGGUUGGAACAGCUGCAGCACAGACAUCUCCUGAAAGCUGAUGUUGGUGUGCACUGGCGGCUCUAUUUGUAGUUACGUGUUUUGGCUCCACCAGAAUUCUGUGAGUUGUUGGGUCUUCAUCCUGUUCAGUCUAUCCUGUCGUUUCAGGCCGUGGGCACACAAGCCUUGGUCUCUGUUCUGAGUGAUAACCCAUGAAACUCUGAUCUCAGCUGAAACACAACUUGGAUGUAUGCUCCUGAGGUUUUUACCAAAAUCUUUUCCCCAUUUUUUUGUGCUCUUUGUUUCUUUUUUUGUUGUUGUUGUUGUUGUUAUAUAUAAAAAUAUAUUAAAAAAUAUAUAGUUGAACUCAUUUCAUGUCGCAAAGUCGGAAUUCAUCUGAACUCUGACCAUCCAGUUCCACCAAGAAAAAUCUGUUUGAUUUUGUUGAAUUGGUGACAAAAACACAUGACCUCCAAUGGCAUUUAGACUGUUUGGUGAAGAUGGGGUUGUACGUGAUUGGCUGGUUCUGUUUUUAUUUACUGGCGGCUUAGUUGGGUUGAAGUCCAGCCCAAGUCAGUAUAAUUAUUAUAACCUGUUGUUGUUUUGGUGAAAAACAAAAUGCUUUGUUCUAAAGUCUUUGUUCUUUGUAUAUGCAUUCUUAAAAAAAUUAAAUAAACUUAAUACCAUAA